GACUUAACAAAGACAAAGACUUUCCUACUCCCAUCAAUUACACCUGGCUUUAGCAUUCAUUUCACUUCCCCAGAUGAUUAGUGUAAUCAGGUGGAUCAAAUCAGGGUUGCAGCUGAACUGGAACAUGGUUAUACGCCUUGUUUGUGCAUGGAUGUGUGGAGCAGAAGCUGUACAAUAACUUUUGGUUUUGUGAAACUGCCUGACAUGGUUAAUAUAAAUUCACAAUCAGCAGCUUUGUGGAACCACUGUUUUAAGGCCUGGCUUGACUGUCCGGGAAGAGAGUAUACCACUCAUAGGGCAUUUUAUUUUUAUCAUUUCAAUAUCAACAUGUACAAAUAUAGUAGAAGCUUGUAUAAACGUCAUCAAGCCAUGACUGUGCUGUUUUUAGACAUUCUAACAUUGUGUGGAUGCAUAUCUGACUACACGUUCACCUUAAAUAGUUAUUGAAUAUUCUGUGGUUUAAGUAACGCUGUAACAAAUAGUUGGCUCAUUGGAAGGGAAGGGACCUUUCUCUCUCUAAAGUCCUUUUGCUCUCCCCCCUGAGAGUCUAUGGAGCAGAGCCCUGUAAACACCUUUAAUCUGAGCAGGCAACAGCACUCUGACCAUCCACCAGCUACAGAAGUUGUUACCUUUUUUGGAUGUGUUUGGUUAUCUCCUGGGGCUCUAUUACUUACACAAAGAAAAAAAGAGAGAGAGAGAGAGAGAGAGAGAGAGAGAGAGAGAGAGAGAGAGAGUGGGACAAGGAAAGAGAAAGAAAGAGAGAAGGGGGGAGGCUAAGAAAACUAUGAGGUAUAAGACUGAAAAAGUGUCUGAAGUUAAGCAAAGCCAGGGUGCAUCCCAAUGGACUGAUUCCAUGUCCUCACAACAAACAAAACCUACAGUAUAGGAAUGCACACAAGAACAUUACUACAGCAUUUCAAGCCAGAAUAACUCCUCACUCAACUCUCGUGUGUAACCGUGUCAUGAAAGAGAAUCAAAAUAGCCACAAGACUAAUCUGAGGGCCGUUGGAUUGUGCAACAGGUUGGACUCUUCAGCAGGUGGAGCUGGACGGCCCACUCCUCUCUCUUCUCGAAGGGACAACUCCUCAAGGGGAGCAGGCCAGGCUGCAGAUGACGGCAGCCCCAAAGACUACAAGAAGAUGUAUGAGCAGGCUUUACAGACCAAUGAGAAACUGAAGUCCAGGCUGGAAGACAGCAAAAAGGAGCUGGCUAGGAUCCAAGCACGACUAGAGAGAGUCAACCAGAAACAGGGUAAAGUGUCUGAGCGGUCCAACGUGAUGGACAAGGACAAAGGGGAGAAGCACAUUCUGGAGAAAAAGAUAUCAGAGAUGGAGGAUGAGCUGAAGGUGAGGACAGAGCUGAAGAAUGAGAACCAGCGGCUGAAGGAUGAGAAUGGAGCACUGAUCCGCGUCAUUAGCAAGUUAUCCAAAUAAAAACAAAGAGGAUGAAACUAUAAAACCUCAAGACUCAAACCAGUUCUCCGCCUGAGGAGUUCCUACUGUCUAAAUAAUGUGUGUGUACACUGACACUCACACACACACACACACACACACAAACACCACUGUCCAGACCCUGUUUGAACAUGUGUCUAUCUUGGGGUUACGGUUGUCUCACUCUACUGCCAUCUACUGUUAGAACGUUAGUUUUGUUUCACAGUAUGUGGAAUGUAAUUAGCAGUCAUUUGAAUUUGAUGUACUCAAAUUAACUUCAGAUAUACACCUGCUAUAACUUGGAUUAACAGAGUUGUGUCUACAUUGGUAGUCUGAUUUGAGACACUGUUUUACUGUCACAUCACACUUGUCUGGUAGGUUACAGUGUCCAUAGUCUGCGGUACUGUAUUGCAUUUUUAGCCAUCAUACUCACAUUCUCACAUUAUGUUCAUUUGAAGAUUAUUUAAGAGUUAUUGAAUCAACAGCUGUACCUGAGGAACAAGAAGAUUUGUGUGUUGUCUUGAUGCUGAUCACAUUCCUCCUGGUUUGAGUAUGCUGUCUUAAUAUGUAAGGCUAAGGAUUUCCUUUUGUUUCUCUUCAAUCAAAGAAAUCUUAUUUAUUACACAAGUGAAAACUCAUUAAAUUGUAUGCCACAAUA